AAAUUUUAGAAAUAAGUAAAUAAAGCUGAAGAAAAAAGAUUGGUUAUAAAAUGGAAAGAAAGUGAUGCCCAGGUUCUCAUUUCCCACAUUCCCAGUUCAGGCAACUAAGGUUAUUAUUGAGAAACCCAAAAACACUUAAUUUUUCUAAGUAUGGAUGUAGAGAAAAUUUUCCACAUGAAAGGUGGUAUUGGAAAUGAAAGCUAUGCAAAAAAUUCUUCACUCCAAAAGAGGGCUUUGGAUAUGGUAAAGAGCAUAAGAAUAGACACCAUAAUAGACCUCUACGUGACGCUAACCCCAGAGAGUUUUGCAAUAGCUGAUUUGGGUUGUUCUUCAGGACCCAACACUUUAUCAGUGAUUCAAGAAAUUGUCGAAGUUAUCGAUGAAGCGAGUAACAAGAUUUCACAAGCAACACCAGAAUUUAGAGUAUCUCUUAAUGAUCUUUCUAGCAACGAUUUUAACUCAAUAUUUACCGGUCUACCAGACUUUUACAAGGGACUUGUUAACAUCUUUGGGAAACAAGGCAGGAAAAGAUCAAAGGCAGCAGCGCCUUUGGUUUUCGUAGCUGGUGUUCCUGGGACUUUCUAUGGAAGACUCUUUCCUGCUAAUAGUUUGCACUUCAUUCAUUCCUCUAACAGUUUGCACUGGCUAUCUAAGGUUCCUCCUGCAAUUUAUGGGCAUGGAGGCAGGUCAAUAAACAAAGGAAACAUAUACAUAUGUGAAUCAAGCCCUGCAAUAGUAUCCAAUGCUUACUUAUCUCAGUUCCAAGAUGAUUUCUCAGUUUUUCUCCAAUCAAGGUCAGAAGAGCUCGUUGUUGGCGGACGAAUGGUUUUGAUCUUCUUAGGAAGAAAAGAGUCUGAUCAUUGUAACGAAAGGGGUAACGCGUUUCUGUGGGCACUUUUUACUAAGGCCAUGGCUCAGUUGGUUUCUCAGGGAGAAGUUACGGAGGAGAAACUGGAUUCAUAUGAGGUUCAUUUCUACGCACCAUCGAAAGAUGAAAUAGAAGACGAAGUGAACAAACAAGGGUCUUUUGAAAUUGAUCAGCUGGAGAUGUUUGAAACAGAAAGACCGGGCAGUGGUGGAAUGAAGGAUGGGGAAGUUUUAAGCUAUGGAACCAUGGUCUCUAUGGCUGUCAGGGCGAUCCAAGAGUCUAUGCUGCAGUACCAUUUCGGAGAAGGAUUAAACAUUGACCAUUUAUUUGAUGUUUAUGCCAAAUUACUUGAUGAAGAAAUUGUUAAAGAAGAUAUUAGGCCACUUAGCUUCAUCUUAGUUCUUAGAAAAUUAUUUAGCUGAACUUGAAGUUGCAUUUCUGUUGUACUCGAAAUUAUAUUAAUAUGACAUCUUCGCCCUCAGGGUGUCUGAACAAAA